AGACACCAGGCCCAGAGUCAGAAAAAUGAGUCCAGUAAGCAGGAGAUCAGGAGCAUUUGCCCCCCUUAAGUUUGUCUUUUGUGGUUUUCUCUGGGGCCUUUUUGGUUUAUUUCCUUCAGCAGGAGAAUCUGGAGUAGCUCAUUACAAAAUGCUCAUCUCAAAAUCAAAGAACAAAGUGGCUCAUUUGAUGCAAGCUGCAAAUAAAACCUGCUUUUUCUCAGUGUUGCAUUGAUGGCUCACAUGUCUGCUCCCGGAGUGAAAUAUUUGCCCUGCAACUGCGGCAGCUUUAAACCCUGCAACCCCGCCCCUCCGCACUAUCACAUGAAUCUGGACUGAGCACUGGAUGAGGAAAAAAAAAAGUUUGGAGGUCUCGCUGAAGUCACUUUUCUCCAGCUAGAUUCACGCAUGAAUACAUUUUCUCAUCUCGGGAGGCUUUCAGCUCAACAUCUGCAUCGGGAAUCAGUCUGACUGUUUAUUCCCGGCUGUGAUUUCUACGACUUAAAAAAAAAAUUCCUCUCCUGCAGGAAUAGAGAGAGGAGGAGGGGGCGGUCUGGCUGCUUGAAGUUUCGACACCAAACUUUGGCGACAUGGACGCGCACCGCGGCGCGCCUCCUGCCGGGCAGCAGAUCGUGCACGUCCGCGGGGACUCGCAGACGGAGCUGGAGGCCCUGUUCAGCGCCGUGAUGAACCCCAGCAACUCCGCCAGACAGCCGUCCUCGGUGCCCAUGAGGAUGAGGAAGCUGCCCGACUCCUUCUUCAGGCAGCCGGAGCCCCGCGGACACUCCAGACAAGCCAGUUCGGAUGGAGGCAUGUGCGGCUCCCUCACUCCCCAUCACGUCCGCGCCCAUUCCUCCCCGGCCUCCCUCCCAGUCAACUCGCUCUCCACUCAAGCGGCAGAUGUAGCGACGACGCCAAUCAUACCCGAUGACGUGCCACUCCCCCACGGUUGGGAAAUGGCCAAAACAGCAACCGGCCAGCGUUACUUCCUCAAUCACCGGGAUAAGACAACCACUUGGCACGACCCUCGUCUUUCGCAGCUUCAGUCGGCUGCAGCUCAGCAUCCCAUCUCUGGCCCUCCGGUCCAUGCCCACUCCCUCAGCAACCCAGCUCCCACUACGCAACCACAAAACAUCAACCCAGAGACAGGUCCACUGCCUGAAGGCUGGGAGCAGGCUGUGACUGCAGAUGGAGAGGUGUACUACAUCGAUCACAUAAAUAAGACCACCACAUGGGUCGACCCGCGUCUAGCCCAGAAGAUGAACCCUGGCCUCCUUGGUUUGGCAAUGCAGCAAAGGCAGGAAAAGGAAAGACUCAGAUGCAAGCAAGGAUUGCCUCCACAGAUCACAUCACAGGAGGCAGGAGGACGGAGCCAGAUGUCCGGCGGGAUGGACCACGACAGGAGCGCACAGACACUUGUCCCUCCUCUUGAUGUGAGGAUCAGAGCAUCGAACCACGAACCUACACUUAAUGGCGCUCACUCUCGCAAUGAGAGCACCGACAGUGGUCUGAGCGUCAGCAGCCUUCCCCGUACGUCGGACCACAUGCUGAGCUCUGUGGAUCACAUGGACACAGGCGAAUCUGUCGAACCCCCCUCGAUGGCCCUGCAGGAGUCGAUGCCUGUGCUCCCGAUGUCUGAGGGCGAGGAGCUAAUGCCCUGCAUCCCCGAGGGUCUGAGUUCAGACCUUCUGAUGGACAUGGAGACUGUUCUGUCUGGGUCGCACAUGGACAGAGACAGCCUGCUCACCUGGCUAUAGACACACCCCGCCGCUGGUCAAAUAUGGUUUGACGUCAGAUUUUCGUAACACGACUGAGGAUUCGGGAGGAUUUUUGCCUUCAAACGGUGGUACAGAACAAAAUUACUGAGAGAAUAUGCUACUGUUAUGUGAUGGACCCCUAACACUACUCACAGCCUGAAGAAUGACUCUCACAGAAGGUGGUAAGCUGCUUGUAUUUUACUCUUUUUUGGGGGGCCUGUUUUUUUUUUUUUUUUUUUUUUUACAGAGAUGCAUGACGGAUCAUCCGUGUUUCUGUAACACUCCUUUCUUUUUAGUGCUUGACCUCAGAUGUCGCUAGUUAAGUGCAUCAGAGCUAAUUUUGGAACCCAGAUUUGUUUGUUGUCCCCACUGGGGAUGGGUUUGCAGCAAUAUAAAUGCCAAAAUAACAAAUGUCGUACGAAACACUAAGAACAAAUCUCAUCCACAUUCCCCCUGGAAUGUGGAUACCCUGUUUGGUUAAAGAGCAGUCAGUAACUUGUGAUUUUUAUCCACAUGACCACAGUUGUGGGGAGAAAAAAAUGAAUGAAAGUUUUUUGUUGUUUUUUUUACCUGGAUUAACCGUAUAAUGGUUACAUUAUAGAUAUCAAAAAGUUUUUUCUCUUGCUAUCCUGCACAGAAACUUCAGGGGAGAGAACACACACCCUUGUGGUGAGCUAGAAGAGAACUAAACACUAAAAGUUGUACUCCUAAACUUCAGAAACAGUUAAAAUACUCACAAACCACAAUCACUUUGUCUGCAGACCUCAUUCCUAACUAAUCAAAGCCUGAUUUCACAUUUCAAGAAACAAAAGCCACAGAGCAGUGCCACUAUGUAGAGCAGUCUUAACUGAAGGCACUGAAACUACAAUCCAGUCUGUUUUCAGGAUCUCUCUUCACACAAAGGAGCAUUGCAACAUACAGAAGAUGUCUUCAAUAAAAAUGGACACAUGAUCAGCAUAAUGCAGCACAAUCCAACACACUGCAGUCUGUAUGUGGUCCUUUAGUUUAUAAAAGCAGCUUUCUAGAACAUUGACUCACGUCUGCAGGAAACAUUGCAACAUCCUCACUGUAAAAUCACCUGUUUUGAAGUGCCAAGUAUUUUGGUUUUGUUAAUACUGUUUUUUUCUUGCAUUGCUUUUUAUUCCACUGAUUGUCCACAGCAGCAGUGAAUAUGAACUUCACAAAGGUAGUAUUUAUUGAAGAUUAGUUACGUUGGAUUGAGUCGUGUUGGAUAGUUGUAAUGUUAUGUCCAUUGACUUAGUUCCCCUUUAGGCCCUGGAUGUUCUUCCCAGAUCCUGCAAAUUAAAUGAAAACUAAUGAAUUAAUCAAGCAGCACCCCUUUGACUUUGAGAAUGAAUCAUUUUUCAUUCCCCUUUCUCUGUUUUCCCACUAUUGGCUGGAUACAUUCUAAUAAUUUCCUUUUUGUCUCUCAAAGAAAGAUGUGCAAGCAGCUGUCAAUUUAACCACGCACAUUUUAGCUCCUUAACAUUAAAUCAUUUACACUUCUUAUUUUUGCUGACCAGUUUAGAAUGUAGUUUGUGACUCUCGAUUAUUAGCUGCUCUUUUCUCCCCAUUUCAGGCAUCUGUUGUUUCCCAUUCCUCCCUAAAAUCAAUUAGAGGUGUCUAAAGAUGUGCUGCAUCAAAUAUCUUUCAGACUUGCAUUGUUGUGGCAUGUUGUCUGGACUGCAUCACCACCAGUGUCACUACUCAAAAAAAAAAAGUUCUGCAAUAGUUUACUUAUUGUACAAAGUCGUUAGUUACACUACUUAUGUUACUUUUGCGUUACUCUGCAACAAUGUUAAGGUGCCAAUGUAGCAUUAAACCUCACAUAUGACCAAAUACCGGCACAAAUCACUCUCCUAAUAAGGAGGACAUACAUAUGUUCUGUCUCCUAAGCUCUUUAACAAAGUAUUUCUACUGUUCCUACAGCAAAUUUGGUGAAAACCAGCCCAAAGAAUAAACUGUCAUGGUGCGACUCAAGUUGUCAAAAAGAGAGACUGGAGCACAUCGCUUAAUUCUCAGCCUUCGAUUGUGCAAACAGACUAAUGUUUAACACCACUGUGUCUUUAAUUAAGUCAAAAUGGACGAAAACAUCAGGCAAACAGAUAUAUUCAACCUAAAGUAGGUGUACCAUUGUUAUUGGAUAAUUGGUGGAAUAAGGAUUUUAAAUCUAUUGGAUGAUAAACCCAAAGGUGAGAGAUGCCAUAAUCAGAAACAAGACAGGAAACUGAGACAGGAUUUUUUCCUUUCUUAAAUUUACAAAAAUACAAACAACAUAUGAGAACAAACAUCUGUCAGAGGAAACACGCCAAAUCAACUGAUUCUUUGAUAUCAGAGAAGGAGCAUCCCUCUGAAGAUGAAGCGGAUUGCCCUUUUGGUACUAAUUUGCUGCCCUCAAAGUGAGAAGAACUGCUUUUUGCUCGAAGAUACACAGAGGACACUGUUUCUACUAGAUUUAAUUAGAGUGGCACUGAAGAAACUGAUCAUUUAACUGUCAUGUGAUUGAUGAGUUUAGGAACAGACAAAUGUAAUGUAAUCACAGCUAUGCAUUAGCCCAACACUGAUCAGCACACAAUGAUACUUUUAAUACCAAAACCCGACUUGAUGUUUACCAUAAGACGUAGUUUCUAACUUUGAGAACAAAGCGAGGUACAAACCAAACCCAUCAAACUUAAUCAAGGUGUCUGAGGCUGUUUCUAGUUUUCUUGCAAACAUUUCGCCGAUCGAUCAUCUGACUAAUGAAUCACCCCACCAAGUAUUCAGGAUUGACAUCAUCCCUUUAACAAAAAACCUAACAAAACUAUUUUAGAAAUUUGUAAUAGAUUUAAAUAUGCGUAAUGUUACAAUCAACUUUUCAGAAUAUCCUCUUAAAAAUACUGUCUUUAAUUUCCUUCUGCUGAUGAAUUAAAUCCCUUUUUUUAGUAUAAGGCAACAAGUUUAGUAUUUUUCCUUCAUUCAAAGAACCGCUGACUCAAAUAAUCCUGAGAUAUUUUCAAGUCCGUCUGUAAUUCUUUACUGUAGAUGAACUGAGUCUACAGGAAUGAACUGCACAACAACAAAUCCCAUCUUGACAUUUUUUUUGUAUUGUGUGGACAUGUAUGACAAAACACAUCAAUAUUUCCUUAUUUUCUUCCUUAAAUUGUCCUUUUCCAAAUCCCUUCCCUUCAUAAACUAUCCUGUUUAGUGCUAAUAAGAUGCGAUAUUGCUGCCACUCUGUUAAAUUAGAAUUCCUGUCGGUUUAAGUUUUCUAAGUGGGAAUGUGAAAAAUACUGUGCUUUAUAAAUGGACUUCAGGCCUGUUCAAAGAGGCGCAACAGAAGUCAAAGACCCCGACGUGACUCCUCGGAAAAACAACAUACUAACUGUGGAUGCUGUGUUCUUGGUUUAUUUUAUUCUAACUGCAAAUGCUAUCUGGUGCUGCAGUGCAGGAGGCACACGUCAGUAUGGGUAGUUCUUUAACUUUCCCCGUUUAGCUAAACUAUAUAACGAAUAUAUAAUCUGUUUUUAUCCGCUAGGUUUUUUCUGCCGUGUGUUUAUAUUUUAUCUGAAUUUGAGUCUGUUGACUGCAGGUGAAAAGCAUUUUGUUCUAACCGGCUUCCUUGUUUUAUAUCCAUAAAUAUACUCAGUAUGUAGAGGUAAAACUUCACUCACAACUUCCCCAAAUAAAGAGCCAUGUCACAUUUUUGUAAUCUUUUUAAAUUAAAGUACCAAACAACUUGCAGAGCGACUUGCCGCUCGGACACAUAACGCAACACACUACCUAGCCUAUUAUUUAUCUCAGCAUGCAUGACACUUGCUAUGUAUGUUCCAUAUAAUGACGUUUAUUAUCCUAUUUACAGAAAGUUUGGAGGCAAUCAGACUUGUUUUGUACCUUUUUAUGCAUGUGAUUUAUAUCAAUUUUCAUUGUAAUCAUUUUAAAGCAGUUUCUGUGUAAUAAACUUUUAAAUACAUCUGAA